GCAAGCUCUUUCAAAUGUAGUAGACGGAAUUUACACAGCGCGGGCGGAGUUUAGGUUCCCUAUGUUGAGCAGGCGGCUAACGAAUGAAUUAAGAUUUUAAGAAGUCAUACUGCUUUUCACGUUAAAACGUACAUUUAGCAGAUAAACAGCUUUAUUUGCUUAGUUGGAAGCAAAGUCGUGAUUUAUACUUAAAAUUUAGUACAAAAUUGUGAUGGCGACUGCAACACCCAGCCGCUCAGCCACCGGGAGUGCUCGGGCGGCCGCGACCACCCCGCUCUCCCCGACGCGUAUCUCGCGCCUGCAAGAGAAGGAGGAACUAAGCCAUUUAAACGAUAGGUUGGCUGUUUAUAUCGACCGUGUACGAUCGCUGGAAUUGGAAAAUGACCGUCUUAUGGUGAAAGUCUCCGAGAAGGAAGAGGUCACGACCCGAGAGGUAACUGGGAUUAAAGCCUUGUACGAGUCUGAGUUGGCGGAUGCUCGUCGCAUCCUAGAUGAGACCGCACGGGAGAGAGCCAGGCUGCAGAUUGACCUUGGAAAGGCCAAUGCUGAGUUGGAGGAGGCCAAAAGGAACUUUAAGAAGAAAGAUGGGGACCUGGCCGUUGCCCAGGCUCGCAUUAAGGAGCUGGAGGCUCUGUACAACAAAAGCGAGGCCGCACUCAACACCGCGCUGAGCGAGAAUGGAGCCCUGGAGGCCGAACUGGCUGACCUUAAGGCCCAGCUCGCUAAGGCUGAGGAUGCGCAUGCGGUUGCUAAGAAGCAGCUGGAGGCGGAGACUCUGAUGAGAGUGGACCUGGAGAACCGCUGUCAGAGCCUGUCCGAGGAGCUUCAGUUCAGGAAAAGCAUGUUUGAGGAGGAGGUACGCGAGACCCGCCGUCACAAGGAGAAGCGCAUGGUGGAGGUGGACAGCGGGAUGCAGCAGGACUACGAGUUCAAGCUUGCACAGGCACUGCAGGACCUGCGCAGACAGCAUGACGAGCAGGUCUCCAUCUACAAGGAGGAGCUGGAGCGUACCUUCAAGGCUAAGCUGGACAAUGCGAAGGUGUCGUCGGACAUGAACGACAAGGCUGUGAGCACCACGCGGGAGGAGCUCCGGGAGGCCCACGUGCGGAUUGAGAGCCUGGGCUACCAGCUGUCCGCCCUGCAGAAACAGGCCGCCGCAGCGGACGAGCGCAUCCGCGAGCUGGAGGACCUGCUGGCCAGCGACCGGGAUAAGUACCGCCGGCAGCUGGACGCCAAGGACCGCGAGAUGGCCGAGAUGAGGGACUGCAUGCAGCAGCAGCUGAACGAGUACCAGGAGCUGCUGGAUGUCAAGCUGGCCCUGGACAUGGAGAUCAAUGCCUACAGGAAGCUGCUGGAGGGGGAGGAGGACAGGUUGAAGCUGAGCCCCAGCCCCUCCUCCCGCGUUACUGUAUCCCGCGCCUCUGCCAGCAGCAGCUCAUUGCGCUCCUCGCGCAGCAAGAGGAAGCGCGUGGAGGUGGAGGCGGCGGCCAUCAGUCUCCCAAAGAUCCAGAUCAGCCAGGAGGCGGAGGCCACCGGCAGCAUCACCAUCGAGGAGAUCGACCUGGAGGGAAAGUCUGUGACCCUGAAGAACGACUCUGAGAAGGAUCAGCCACUGGGCAACUGGAGACUGAAGAGGCAGAUUGGAGAAGGAGAAGAAGUGACCUAUAAGUUCAGUCCUAAAUAUGUCCUGAAGGCUGGCCAGACUGUCACAGUCUGGAGUGCAGAUGCUGGAGUGUCCCACAGUCCCCCCACAGACCUGCUGUGGAAAAGUCAGAGUUCCUGGGGCACAGGAGAUGACAUCCUCACAUACCUGGUCAACUCUGAUGGAGAGGCAAUGGCCAAGAGGUUUGUGAGUAAAACCAUGGUGGAUGUGGAGAAUGGAGAUGAUGAGGAUGCAGACUUUGGGGAGGAAGAUCUUUUCCAUCAGCAGGGAGAUCCAAAAACAUCAUCCAGAGAAUGUUCAAUCAUGUGAAAGCAGAUCUUCAGCAUUGUUUUUCUACAAUUGCCCUCCCCCCACCUCGAGAGCCACCUAAAUAUUUUUGUACAUUUCAACAUUUUAUUCAGUUUUGGGGAUAUUUUAAAAUCCUUUUUCUUCCAAAGCAAAUUAAUCUGCCCAGCUUUUUGAGUGGACUUGUUUUUAACAGUCUUUUAAUUGUGAAUGGUAGCUAUGCUUAAAUUUAAAAGAUUUUAGCCAGAUUUAACCCCACCCCCCUGAAGGAAUUAGUUUACCUCUAGGCACUGCAUUCAGCUGUCAUUUCUAACCAAUCAAACGUUAAUUAGACAGAAGUGACUUCUGGGACAUCUGAAGGAAAGCUGGACAGAGUGAAUGAAACCGUUGAGCUUGCCUUCUACACAGGACCGGGCCCAUUCAGAGGACCCCUGCGACUGACACCGUUGAAAAGCACUGCAAAAUUUGUGGUGUUAAAUAUUUUCUCCUAGGCUUACAGUUGGAGGACUUAUGCAAUCGGGUUGUCCUUGAGGCCAUUUUUAUUGUAAAUGUCUUUCUAUAAUGAAGGCAUACUUCCACAUUGUGUCUCAAAUAUGUCAAGCAUUCUAACACUGCAUUGCAAGGCAGUUUGCCUCUAGGCAGUCUGGAUAUAGCAGAUGCUGACAGCACAGCUGUAAAAUGCUUAUUUUUUUCCCCCUUCAGUUAAAAGUCACAUUUCAGGGGGAAAUUUUGGUCAUUUGUGGGGUUUUUAAGUUCACAACAUUCCAGUUCUUGUCAGUUUCCUUUCUUAAAGGAUGUGGUCAUAUCUGGAGCAGAUGAAAGCACUGGGCAGUUUAAACGGUGGCUUAGGGAUAUAUUUUUUAAUUUUUAUUUUAGUUCUUUAAACUUUGCGGACUUUAACUGACAGCCAUUACAUAGAAGCUCAAUGUAGUGUCUUAUUAGUUUGGCUUUGCUCAUCUAAACAGGGUGGAAUCAUCAGUAGGCAGUCUGUGUAUGGUUGAUUGGCUGAAAUUUUAACUAAAAUAUAUAUUUUGUUCAGGUUCCAUAUUUCCAUUCAUUCAGCGAUUCAAAUACAACCAUAAUGCAGACUUGAAUAUGUAGAUUUGAUCAACCUGUAAUUGUUAUAUCAGCACUCCAAAUGUAACAUUUAAGACUGAAAUUACACUUUCUGUUCUAAAGCAGAAUGUUAAGAUGCUUUUUUUAACAAAACAUUUAACAUUUUCUAAAAUGUUAAAAUGCAGUGUUAAAAUGCUUUUUUAAUAUAAAAAUCUAAAGCAUCUAAAAUGCCAACCGCAUAUGUUGAGGCAGUGCUUCAUAUUGGCUACAGUGGUAUAUAUCAGAAAAAAGAUACUGCUAUAAAUGUGAUAACAUGGCUUAAUGCCAAAGAUCCCACUUAAACAUUGAAUUAUUAAUCAAUGCAGAAUUAAGUGCAUGGGUAUAAUUAAUGCUUUUUAUAUUUUACAAGAAUGUUAACCUGACUAAGAGUCCUAAUUUGCUCUGAUUAGUGUGCAACACAUCUUGCUUUUUUCAUCCCACGUGCUGGUAGAAAGUCUAAAAAGGCCAUUUGGAUCUAUGUUAAUGGCACAUAAGCCUCCUCUAUAAAAUGCAUUGUUGGGUUGGUUGUUUUUAAUCCAGUUGAAUAGGCCAGUGUUAUAAACGACUCAUGAAGUACAUAGUAUGGAAUUAGAUUUGCUUUGACUAUUGCAACAUUUUAACUUAGCUUGACAUAUUUUAGGGAGGAGAUCCCCAGUAAAUGCAUCUUUCCACCCUGUUUAUGCUAACAUUUGUAUGUUCUCUGUUCUAAUUAAUCAUGAAUUUAUAUCUUUGUAAAUGUAAAAUUGUGUUUCUCAGACAAGCAGUUAUGCACAGAAUAUUUUUUUUUUUUGAAAAUGGACAAAAACAUGAACAUCUGGCUGUAAUUUUCAGUAGUACGUUCCUGAAAAUAAGAUCCAGGGUUAUUUAAUACUUUUUUUUAGGUUUGCAUCUAUGAAUGUAUGGUUGUGCCUAGAGUUUGAAUAAAGGACCUUUAAUGAAGGCUAA